GCCUGCUUGUAGAAGCUUGGGAAGCUAUUUCAAGCGGUGCGGGAGAACAAAACUUCUUGGAGCAGAAAGGAAGAGUUCAGUUGUGAUAGACUCUGCCACUUUGUGCCCAGCUCUGACACUUCAACUCUUGCCAAACAGACACCAAACCCAUGUCAGCGACUCUAGAUGCUACCCUCAGCGCCCUCCAGGAGGAACAAUCCAGACUAAAGAUGAGGUUGCAGGAGCUGCAACAGCUGAAAAGGGAGCACAAGGGCUCCCCCCAAAACAAGCUCCCAUUCUCAGUGCCUGAGAUCCCUCUGGUUUUCCGAGGACACACCCAGCAGGACAGGAAAGUGCCCAAGUCUCUGAUUUCCAACUUGCGCAUCUGCUGCCCUCUGCCUGCAGGCUCUGCUCUGAUCACCUUCGAUGACCCCAAAGUGGCUGAGCGGGUGCUGCAAAAAAAGGAGCAUGUGAUUGACAUGGAGGAGUGCCGGCUACGGGUGCAGGUCCAGCCCUUGGAACUGCCUAUGGUGACCACCAUCCAGGUGUCCAGCCAGAUGAGAGGCCAGGGAGUGUUGGUCAGUGGGUUUCCUGCUAGCCUGAAGCUGAAUGAGGAGGAGCUGCUGGACAAGCUGGAGAUCUUCUUUGGCAAGACAAAGAAUGGGGGUGGCGAUGUGGAGACUCGGGAAUUGCUGCAAGGGAGUGUCAUGCUGGGCUUUGUUAAGGAUGAGGUGGCCCAACGCCUGUGCCAGACUGGCCAGUUCAGAGUGCCACUGGGUGGGUUGCAGGUCCCUCUGACAGUCUCCCCCUAUAUGAGUGGGGAGAUCCAGAAGGCUGAGGUCAGGUUCCAGCCAGUGUCCCACUCAGUGCUGGUGUUCAAUAUUCCUGAUGUCCUGGAUGGCCCAGAGCUGCAUGAUAUCCUGGAGAUCCACUUCCAGAAGCCCACCCGUGGGGGUGGGGAGGUGGAGGCCCUGACAGUGGUGUCCCCAGGACAGCGGGGCCUGGCAGUCUUCACCUCCGAGACGUGCUAGGGGCCUGCCCUUCUCAUCACCCCCAGCCCUCAGCCAAGGUUCUCAGUCUGGAGUGGGGCUAGGCCCACAUGUAAGAGAUCUUUGUGUUCACCAACAGGAGACAGGGAUCACACAUUGUGAAACACUGCACAGUAAAUGCGCCUGCAUGGCCUGAUGUUCUUCCUCA